CAUGCUUACAUUGUGUAAACCACUGGUGGAUUGGAAUGACAGAGUCUCGUGUCGCCAAAGCAACAAUCUUUGAUGAUAAAGCUUCCAUGGUGUCACCCGAAGGCAUUCGCUUCUCCUCUCAUCCUUCUUCUUCAUGUUCUUCCUCGCUCCCCCCUCCGAUCGAGAGCCUAUGGCUCCGCCGGUGCCCUCGGGGAGAAAGCCUAUAUGGCAAUCACCCAAGAGCUCUCCGACGCUAUGGCAGCUUGCGGCGCCACCGGCUCUGUAUCCGGUGCCCGGAGGCUCCACGCCUGCCUCGUCUCUGCUGGCCUCGAGGCGUCCCGCUUCCUCCAGAACAAUCUCCUGAACACCUACCUCGGCUGCGGCUCCCUCGACGAUGCGCGCCAAGUGUUUGAUGGCAUUUCCUUCCCUAAUGUCUUCUCCUACAACAUGAUGAUAAACGGGCUUUCAAAGUUUGGAUUUUUACGUGAAGCAGUGGAGUUGUUCGAUGAAAUGCCUGCUAGGGACUCUACUUCCUGGAACACGCUCAUGGCAGGUUAUUUCCGCAAUAGACAGCCCUUGGAGACGGUGAAGACAUUUGCUUUGAUGGUUCAGGAUCCAAACUGCAAGCCAAAUAUGUUUACUUUUGCCUGUGCAAUGAAGUCGUGUGGCGCACUUGGUUUUCAUCGGUUGGGCCUUCAAUUGCAUGGUUUUGUUGAGAAGCUUGAUUUUGGAAGGGAUUCUCAGGUUGGUGCAUCUCUUAUUGAUAUGUACGUUAAGUGUGGAGCUGUCGACCUAGCCUCGCAAGUGUUUGAUCUGUUAGAAAGCCCUGAUCUUUGUUGUUGGAACAGUAUGAUCUUAGGUUAUGGGAGUUCUUAUGCCACUGAACGUGCUAUUGAGGUAUUCAAUAAGAUGCCUGAUCGAGAUGUUGUAUCGUGGAACACAAUGAUUUCGAUACUGUCUCACAAUGGCCGAGAACAAGAAGCACUUUCUAUGGUAAUAGAGAUGAGUACCCUGGGCUGUGAGCUAAAUUCUACAACAUACACUUGUGCGCUUAGUGUUUGCGCUAGUAUUCUUGAUUUGAGAUGGGGCAGGCAUCUUCAUGCUCACAUUAUAAGGAGCCAAAAGAGCAUCGAUGUGUUUUUUGGGAGUGCACUGGUUGAUAUGUAUGCUAAAUGUGGCCACCUACAAUCAGCACAGAGAACUUUUGAUGCUUUAUGUGACCGUAACACUGUGUCAUGGACUGCACUUAUUGCAGGAUAUGCUCAUUCUGGACUUGUAGAGGAAGCUAUGAAAAUUUUCAAUCAAAUGAGAUCAGUGCCGAUGUCUUUGGAUCAGUUCAUCCUGGCGACUGUAAUUAGUGCUUGUUGUACUAAAAUGGAUUUAUGUCUUGGAACUCAGUUACAUUCUAUUUCAUUUCGGGUUGGAUCUUGUUCAUCUGUUCCUGUGUCCAAUGCUCUAGUCACAAUGUAUGCGAAGUGUGGAAAUGUAGAGACUGCUGAGUGUGUCUUCCGGUCAAUGCCUGUUAGAGAUGUCAUAUCAUGGACCAGCAUGAUCACUGCAUACUCUCAGAUGGGUAACAUUAGCAAGGCUCGUGAAUAUUUUGAUGCCAUGGAAGGCAGAAAUGUGGUCACAUGGAAUGCAAUGCUAGGUGCAUACAUACAGCAUGGGAGCGAGGAAGAAGGCCUUAAAACAUUCAUUAUGCUACAACGGGAAGGUGCUGUAAAACCAGAUUGGGUUACUUUCGCUACACUGUUUCGUGCUUGUGCUGAGGUAGCAGCAGUGAGAUGUGGUAAUCAGGUAAUUGCCCAUGCUUUCAAAUUGGGGCUCAAUUCUGAUACCUCGGUGGCAAAUUGUAUCAUCACGAUGUACUCGAGAUGUGGAAAGAUUGUCGAAGCACGAGAAGUAUUUGAGUCUAUCUUGGACAAGGAUCUGGUCUCCUGGAACGCUAUGAUUACUGCUUAUGCACAACAUGGUCAAGGGAAGGAAACAAUAGAAAUUUUGCAAAGGAUGUUAUGUGACGGAAUAAAACCUGAUUAUAUAAGCUAUGUUGCAGUUCUAUCAGGUUGUAGUCACUCGGGGCUCGUAGAGGAAGGGAGAUUUUAUUUUGACAGUAUGACAAGAUGCCAUAACAUAAAUCCUGGUCUAGAGCAUUUUGCUUGCAUGGUGGAUCUUCUUAGCCGAUCUGGUUUGCUAGAAGAAGCCAAAAAAGUCAUAGACAGCAUGCCUAUAAAACCAAGUGCUGAAAUUUGGGGUGCUUUGCUUGGAGCUUGCAAGAUAUAUGGAAACAAAGAACUUGCAGAAUGUGCUGUGAAACAUCUAUUCGAGUUGGACACAAAGGACUCUGGAAGUUAUGUUCUUCUGGCUAAGAUAUAUGCAGAUGCAGGGAAUUCAGAUGAUUCGGCUAGAGUGAGAAAGCUCAUGAGAGAAAGGGGAAUAAGAAAGAAUCCUGGAUGUAGUUGGAUUGAGGUUAAGAACACAGUACAUGUUUUCACUGCUGAUGAUUCAAGCCAUCCACAAAUUGACAUUAUUCUGAGGAAACUGGAUGAGCUCAUGAAGAUGAUAGAAGCUGUAGGAUACGACCAGAGCGCAACUUCCCUAUCUCAAGGCCAUCACAGUGAGAAGCUGGCAGUGGCUUAUGGUCUUGUUAGCUUGCCUGAAUGGAUGCCUAUCCACAUCAUGAAGAACCUCCGAAUAUGCUGUGACUGUCACACAGUCAUAAAACUCAUAUCUUUGGUUACUACAAGAGAGCUAAUAGUGCGGGACGCCAACCGCUUUCACCAUUUUAGAGAAGGAUCUUGCUCUUGUCAGGAUUACUGGUGAUUGACCUGAAAGCAUGAUGAGCAUAUCGCGGUGCACCUUCGAGAACAGAGAGGAGAAAGUGGAACAGGAAUUGCUUCAUCGCAAGACAAGUUUCAUUUUGCAAUUUGAUCCGCACAAAGGGGAUAUCCAGGAGAUUGAUCAUAUUUCUGCCUCGUUUACUUCAUAUUUCUGAGACAAUAACAACGAGAUUGAUUGAUCAAAGUUGCAGACAAGAUCAACUAGGGCCAAGGAUCGCAACAUCCUUCACCACAGUUGCACGCCUUUUCUUGGAGGGUGGACGAUCUUCUCGCCAGUCUUCAGACUUGCUGGCCUCCUCACGUCGGUCAAGCCAUUCGCUAUAUAUAAGUCGACGGCGGUCGAUAGUGGUGGUGUAGGUCUCUUUACAGGCAUUUUUUGCUUUCUUACUCGAGAGGAACACUUUGCAGCGACGCAUACUGUAACUAUGUGCAUCCACAUCAUAGAAACAACCUUUACAGAAACAUCAGAUAGAAUUCCUCAGAGACUUUGAUCACCGAAAACAUUCGCCACAAUGACGGGAUGGCAUUUUAUUCAUCUAUAUUAUCAUUUGUUAUUGCAUAUGCCGGUUUCGUUUUGUAACCUGAUCCCAAAAUUGUGGGACCUAGAAAACGAGAAAGAACCACAUGGAACUUAGACAAAAACAAC